UAGAGAAACAUUUAAAUGAUAUAGGGAUUAGAUGAAUAGACAUCCUGUUAUAGUGAGUUAUCGAUCUGUGGAUGAUUUGAAAACGUUAAAAGAUUGGUUUUAUAACUUUGAUGACGCAAAAGAUAAUCGAUAUCGAGCCAUUCAAAGAGUGAAAGCUUUAAGUUCAAGAGGAAGAUUACCUCAUGGGAUUGAAUCAACUUCAUUAUUAACCUCUAUAUGUUUACAAGAGUUGGAUAACAAACAGCUUGAUUCGAACAUUUUACAAUUAUCAUAUUCUUCAGCCAUCAUCAGGUUCGUGAAUGGAUUAUUGGAUCCAUUUCAACAAUCAAAUUAUGCAAUUCCUUUACAUUUAUUAGCAAAAUCUCUUAAUUUGCCAAGUUUCUUCGUGGAAUUAAGACAUAUGAGUACUCAUGAGAAUCUCCCAUCUUUAGAAAUAUGUCGGAUUGCGUGUAAAAGAGCAUUGAAUUGGUUAUAUGAUAAUUAUUGGUGUCAUAUAGAGGAUGAAGAAGAUGAUGAUGAAGAAGAAGACGAUGAUGAGGGAGAAUUUGAAUCACUUAGUGAAUCUACCAAAGUCAUAAUAGAUACUAAAGUGAAAGAAAUAGAAACUUUUAUCGAAAAGAAUCAAAUACAAACUAAUUUAAAAGCAUAUAAAAAGAUAAGGAAAUCAAACUUGGAUUUGGUUUAUAAAUUUGGUGAUUCAUCCACUGAAACAGCUAUUAAAUAUAACAAGAUCAUUAAAGACAUUAAGAAAUCGUUAGCUUAUUCACUUGAUGGUACAUUCAUUGGAAAUCAGAUAUUGAUUUUGAUCUUAAUUUAUAAUAAUUAUUUGAUUUAUAAUUCAGAUAAAUUGAACACCAAAAAGUUAAAGUUCAAUACUUUAUUAAUCAAGUUAUAUAAACCUUUAUUGAAUGAGUUGGGAUUGUUAUUUAAAAUCCAAUUAGCAAGGGCUAUCAUAAGUAUCAUUAAUACCUAUUUUAGUGAAGGUAAUGUGAAGGAUUUUGAUCAAAUUUUUGAAUUUGUUUAUUCCAAAUUAAAUUAUAAUAAAGUAAAACAUCCUUUUGAAAUAGUCCAAUUACUUGAAUGGUUGAAUUAUCUUGUUGUGGAUAUAGUAAGUUAUGAUACAAAGACAGAUUAUAGACUAUCAAUUACUACCAAAUACAAUCAAGCAUUGGUUGAAUCAAAUAGACAAACGGAUACAAUCACCACUAGAAAUGGUUUAGUUAACACGUUGUUAAAAAAACUAAACAAAUUGCAUAAUAUCUUACCCCUGGAAAAUAUCGAAUUACAAGAAAUCUAUCUUAAAUUAUAUGAACAACUCCAAAAGAUAAUUACUGAUGAUAAAAACUUAAAGAAUUUAUUUAACAAAGAAAACAAAGACAUCAUUAAUGAAAAAUUCAAACAGUUAAAAGUAUCGAUGGAUACAAGAUUAGCAUUUGAUUUACCACCGUCAUUGGAAGAUAUAUUAGGAGAAUCAGCUCCGAACCCCACUACCAAGCGUAAACCCAUCUCAGACAACAUCCAGCCACAAACUAAAAAAAUAAAGGUUGAUAAUCAUCAAACUGAGAAAAAGCAAUAUCUCUUUGAACAACAUGACGAUUGGGACCCAACUCCAUUUGGGACUUUUGUAUAAUAGGUACAUAGAUUUAAUUAUAACGUGUAUUAUAGAAGAACAUUUC